UAUUAUUCCCCAGUUCGGUUCAGAAGGUGUUCGAUGUUGGACGUGUGCGCUUGAUCCGGGAAAACAUAACGCUUGGCAGCAGUAACUUAUUGAUCUCAACGGUGCUUUGUUGUUGCUUUUCUUGGCUGUCACGUAUACGUACAGUCGGUUCUUCAGAGUCUGUUUAAUAAUCACGAAACUGCCAUGGCGAAUGUGUAAUAAAACACCCUAGUGAAGUAAUUAAUUAAAAGAAAAGCAAACCAAAUUUAACGACAACGAAAAGUGAUACGAAAACGAUGCACAAAUGAAGCUGCAACGACAUAAAACCAACUGCCAACGAAAAAGCAAAGAACCCAGGGAUCCAAAAUGGGUCAGCAUAUGUUUAUGGGCGGUCGUAACGCUGAUUUUUUCGACCCACUUGGCACAGGGCCAAGCCAGUCCCGAAACAGAGGGCUCCAAAGAGGUGGAACUGCUGCAGGAUAAUGACAUCGAGUUCGCCAGUCUCGAUGGCGCCACCCAGCUUUUGCCAGCAACCCGACACUCCGGCGCAGACGUCACCGUGGCGCCACCGACAUCCCCUUCCCCGAUGACGUCAUCGUCCUCCUACACCGAACUGCAAGGCGGGGAAAUCCUCAGCGAACGAAUCCUUCGGCGCAGCGAAAGUCCUUAUUUGGCACGCGAGGACCUCGAGGUGUUAAGGGGAGCCCGAUUGACCAUCGAGCCGGGAGUUACCAUCGAAUUUGCCCCCACCAAAGGACUGAAAAUCAGCGGCGUCCUGCAGGCGGUGGGCACGCCAACCUCAAGGAUUGUUCUGAAGUCCCAGAGUAACACGGCCAACUACAAAUUAGAACUGCCCGAUGACCAGGAGAAGGGCAUACGACUAGUGGAUGGACCCACUCCAGUCGAAGGAAGACUGCAGCUUUUCCACAAGGGAGCUUGGCGAUCCGUCUGCUCCAAUUCGAGAAAUUGGACUUUGACGGACUAUGGAGUGGCCUGUAAGCAACUGGGCUACAGGGGCGGUCGAUUCUGGAACUGGGUUGAGCGAACGGCAGGGUAUUACCCUCGUCUUCUAUACGAACAGCCUAAGUGUAAAGGUGGCGAAAACAAUCUCCAAGACUGCGCUUGGACCUCCCGUCAAAUGGGAGCUGGUGCCUGCGAUUAUCACAAUGAUCUGGGAAUCCAAUGCCUGCCCGUGCAUUCCGAGCCCUUGGGCCAUUGGCGUGGCAUAUAUUUCGAUAAUGCCCCAUCCACGAAGGCUCUGGGCAGGGAUAAUAUCGUUUAUGCGGCUCAGUCGGAGUCCCGGCUCAAAUACGUGGAUAUCAUUAGGGCAGGAAGUGGCCCCGGCUUCAGUGCCAAGUCGGCAGUGGAAGUCCAGGGCUUGCCACCCCAAAUGGAGCAUGUGGUGAUCAGUCAUUCGGCCUACACGGGAUUCAAUAGCACGCGACCAUGGGCAGGAUUCCAGUUGCAGAAUGUUACCGUGAGGAAAUGCAAUGGCAUUGGGGUUUUCGUGAACUCCAGUCAGGGAGCAGUGCAGCUGGAUGGCUGUUCCAUAGUUGAUAAUGCCGGCGAUGGAAUCAAAUAUGUGGGACACGACUUGAGGGGUUCGGAGAGGAAAGAUCGUGCCAGCAUAUAUGAUUUCUGCACUCUACCCACAACUUCCGGCCAAACCUAUCCCAUCUCGCUGUCCUUCACCCAGAAAUAUUACGCGGGCUCUGACAAAGAGUGCGGCAAGUAUUUCUUCACAAGACCAGGAUAUCUGCUAACCCUCCAUUUCGAGCACUUUGUCCUGAUGCAAAACGAAACGGCCACAGUGGAAAUCUACGAUGGAGCCUCCACAAACGAUCGCCUGCUGUUCGAAUGGAAGGCCAGGAAUUUCACGAGACCCCAAAGUGUGACCUCCACGAGGGAGAAAAUGUUUCUGAGGAUAAGAGCUGAUGCCAGGCAGGAAUUAAAUGGCUUCUUCAGGAUGACAUCCGGCGACUCGGUGGCCUACGAUCUGAAGGUAGCCCAGUCCACAGUAGAAGACAAUGGAGGUCGUGGCGUGGCCAUAGAUAAUAUUAGAUCAAAGCUCCAUGUGCACAGUAGUUCUGUCUCCGGAAAUGGUCAUGUGGCCGGUGUUCAUGUGACGAGUGGAGCUGGGGAUGUGAACAUAACCAACUCGAAUAUAAGCUUUAACAAUGGCGCUGGCGUUAAUAUCACCUAUUAUGGUGGCAAUCGUAAUAUCUCCAGAUCAGCCUUAACCGCCAACAAAGGAUAUGGCGUAGCCACCUGGCUGAAUCACACAUCCGACGUAAACCGAAUGGAAUAUAUACCCUUCAACCAAACCAGCGUGGUCGAGUACUCGCAUAUCGAUGGGAAUCUAGAGACUGGAGUUUUUCACGGCAAUUUCUGUCGCCCCAUUUGGGUGAACAUCACAGGAAACCAUUUCAAUGGGAGUCAACAGAACGAUGUAUUCAUCGAAUCCUGUUACCAAGCCACCGCCAAUGGAAAACCCAAUAUGCAGCUGCAACUUGGCCAUAACCAAUUUAAAUACUCCCAGGCAAACUCUAUAAACCUAAGUCCAGCUUUAAAUCUGCAGGGAAGAAUUGAGUACAACAUGUUCCGCUUUGGUUCCUAUGGUUGUCUAUUCAUUAACAACGACUACAUAUAUCCGGAGUUUAAUUACUUCCCUGUUAAGUUGAUUAUACAGAGUAACUACUUUAUGAGGAACAGUGGAGUGCAUGUGGUUUCUUUGGGCCUAUCGCCGUACAGUAGAGCUGAAGUUCAGUACAUACUUUUUACGAGGAACUUUGUCAGAGGAAAUAAUAUCACUGAAGCCUUUGGACCCCUAAUAGCAGGCUCCGAAGGAAGUGAUGGUGCCGGCAGACUAAAUCCCCGAUCUCGAGUAGCAGCACCCGUGGUCGUGGGUUCGAGUAACAUAGACAUAUUCCGGAAUAUCCUGCACAAUCUAGAUUCCAUGUACGAAAUCGGUUCGCAACUCACUGACCAAAGUAAGAUUAUCAAUGCCACCUGCAAUUGGUUGGGACACACGGAUGAGAAUAAGAUAUACGCGCGGCUGUUCCAUCGCAACGAUCGCUAUAAUCUGGCCAAGAUUAGCUAUAUACCCUACUUGCUGCAUAGCUCCAAUCCAGGUUCCACUGCCAUGAUCACGGUUUCCACUGUAGUUCCCCGAUUUUUCCACGAGGGAAGCGAUAUUAUUGGUGGCGAAGUCGAUGGUCAGGAUAUGGUGCCGCCAGGAACCUAUACGGUUACCAAGGACAUCAAUAUCAGACCUGGUGGCAAACUCAUACUCCAGCCCGGUACCACUCUUAAGUUUGAGCCCAGCGUGGGAAUGAUGGUGGCAGGAAAAUUGGAAGCCAGAGGUCGCCGACCCGAUGACAUACUCUUCACCCUGAAGCGAGAAACGAUUAUAGGCGAGCACAAUGACACAGAAACCAUCGACUUGGAUGGCGAAACCGAGGCCAUAGAUAUGGAAACGGAAGCAAUACCUUCGGAUGGUGUGCCCAGGGUUCCAGUUCGAUUGGUCGGCGGUGCAGGAGCGAAUGAGGGAAGACUUCAGAUGUAUCUCAAAGGACGAUGGGGUACUGUGUGUGAUUAUGGCUGGAAUGUCCUGAACGCAGCCUUGGUUUGCCACCAAUUGGGUUACUCCUUGAACCCUCAGGACUGGCGAUUGCUUCGCUCGCAGUUACCAAAUGCAGGCACCUCCGAGGACAUCUUGGUGGCCAAUGUCAGGUGCACGCUUCAGGAUCGGGAUGUCACCAAAUGUCGGGCAGAAUAUGAUUUCGAGAACACCUGCAGUCAUGAAAACGAUGUGGGUCUGCGGUGUUAUGAAGGUGCUUGGGCCGGUAUACGGUUCAGUAUGUUGGCCGAAAGAGCUGAUUUACAAUAUUUAACGGUGGAGAAGGCCGGACUUUUCGACUACACCACCAAUUCCUUUAAGCCGGCCGUUCAAAUGGAUCACGCCCGUCACAAUCUGGAAAAUGUGAGAGUGGUUAACAAUCUUCAAGACGGUUUGGGCAUUGUUUAUUCCGAUAUCUAUGCUGGAAAGUCUGUGAACAACAUCAAGAACUCCGAGUUCUCGGGCAAUAGAGGAAGUGGCAUAAGUCUCAAACAACUGGACUUCAGGAUCUCGGGAUCCAUUAUUAAAGACAACAAAGGCAGCGGUGUUUCCCACGAUGCUGUGAUAUCUGCAUUGGAUCAAAAGGAAAUUGGUGGAUGGUUUAACAUGGCCAGGGACUUCAAUUCCUAUGAUACGGACUACGAUCCUUAUGUUUUGCCCAAUGAGAUCAGCAAUAUCGAUCUGGGAACCUUCGAACACAAGUACAUAAGAACUGAAGAGCUUCUCGGACAAAAUAUCAAUAGGAAAAUAGUGGUACAGUGUCCAGCUGGCUAUGUCAUAGGUAUACAGCUCUUGAAUCCCAUUCACAAUCUGUCUUCGGAGAGCAUAAAUAUCCUGAAUGCCAGAACAGAGAACACAAGGAGUGAUCUGUGGCAAGUUAAAAGAGACUUAACUGUAUUCCCCGUUACCAGUAGCAGUUAUGGCAUUAUAAUUUAUUACGAAAGUGGCUUACAGGCGUUGGGAGGAGCUGUUCUGAUGCUGAGCACUGUCACGGCCCCAGUUCAAAAUAUUAGAAACCGCAUUGUCAGUGGAGCUGUGCCCACCCUAACUAUCCGAUCAACAAAGAUACAAAAAAAUCUAAGGGGCAUCACGGGUAUCUACUACAAUCGCUAUAUAGGCGAUAAUGGGGAGCUAUACUUGAGGAAAGCCAACGAAUCAAUUAAGUUAAUCAACUCUGAGCUGAGUUACAACGAACGAGAGGCUGUACUUAUUAGGUCGCCAUUCUGGGAUGUGAUCUCCAGUAAUUUGUCAGAGAUUACCCUUCACAUAAAUGGUUCUCUGAUCACCCAAAAUGGACUUGGUAUACGACAAAUGUCAAAGGAUCUGCGAUCGUCCAACAAUCUCUUCCAUUACGUGAUACAGGAUACUACAGUGGAGCAGAAUACUCAUGGAGGUUUUCAGGUGUCUCUUCCAUAUGUGUGGCAAUACAACGAGAACUUCACCCACUCGAUUUACUUUGGCAACAGCACUUGGCAGAGAAAUCGCGACUUCCGCAUCUCCAUUUCCGGGCAUUACACGGUCUUCAAUAUAACGUCCAAUGUUUUUAGGGAGAAUAAUUGCCCUGGAGCUCUGAUAUCUCUCGAUGGAAUGGAAAAGCGGCUUCGUUUCGACAACAAUCGCUUUGAAUCGAAUAAUGCCAAGUUUGUGCUGCUCUUCAAAGCGGAUUCCCUCAGUGAGAUUAUCGGACAAGUACCAGCCAGCAUUGAAUAUAAUAGCUUCAAGGGAAAUAACAUUGUAACCAUGACCGCAAACUAUAGAAACCAAUACAUGAAAGCUGCCAGGAGAAUAAGGAAACAACAUAAGAUUCCAUCCUCAGUGAUCCGAUUGGAUGGUGUUCAGAAUGUUCGACUGUAUCGCAAUCUUAUAUCCGAAAAUGAAAUGGACUAUAACCUUGUGGCAGGAGUGAGAUCGGCCAGAUUGAACAACUACUUUGAGGCUAGAGAAAAUUGGUGGGGCACCAAAGAUACCGCUUUCAUAGAGGCUAAGAUAUUCGACUUCGACAAUUGGAACGAUCACGCUGAUGUCAUUUAUCAACCAUUCCUCAUCGAAGAUAGUUUCGAUGCCAGUGUAUCAGUGGUUGUCCCCUUCAAUCAAGAUCAGGAGAUAGAUCUGUUAGCCUACAGAGGUGGCAGGGUGUACAAGGACUUGGUAUUGAAGAAACAGAGUACACCCUACUAUAUAUCGUCGGAUAUUACGGUGAUGCCCGGCAAAACAUUGACCAUAAGCCAUGGUGUCACAAUGGAAUUCGAGCCCAAUGUGGGAAUACUGGUUUUGGGCACCCUAGUGGCCGUUGGCUACAAGGAAUCGCCUAUUGUAAUGAGACCCUUUAGAAAUGCCACCCGGGAAUCUCUGAUUGAUGCUCAGCCCAAGAAACGCGCCCUGGAGGACAUGAGUGCUCCGCUGACCGAAUUCGAUUCCAUAAGACUGUGUACCAGUGCCAAUAACUGCACAGGAGAUGCCGAUGCAUUGUUGGGUUUGAACGAGGGAUUUCUGGAGUACUUCAAUCACACCACUCUUCAGUGGGUUCCCAUUUGCGACAGCAGAUUCACAGAGCGGAAUGCCCAAGUCGUGUGUCGAGAACUGGGCUACGAUCCCCUGAAUGUUUACUAUGGCCACGAUCGGAGGAUCGAGUUCCACACGAAUUCCCUGACCCGAAUUUGGUCAUGGGUGCAACCAUUGGAGUGCCGAGGUGACGAGGACACAAUGGAGGAUUGUGCCGAGCGUUUGAAUGGCCAACUCUAUGGCCAUCGACACGAGUGCCGUUGGGAUGAUGCGUUCGUAUUUGUCAGCUGUAACAGCGUGGCCGAUGAUGAAAUUUAUUGGGGUGGCAUAAGGUUUGCGAACUCGAAGUUCGAGGAAAUCCAGUACGAGCAUCGCUUGCACAACACAAGAUCUCAUGCGAGGUUGCCCUUGAGGGAAAGCCAGUUGGAGUUUGUGCGGAUUGAACAGGCCGGCAUACUGCAUAAUCACAAGGCAGCCGCCAUUCAAGCCAUACACAAGAACCCGUCAAUAACCUCGGUGAGCAUUGAGAACUCUGCCAAUCAUGGCAUAAAUCUGAUAGCUCCCAGUGGUAAAUUGAAUUUGAACCACCUGAACAUUAAUAAAACAUUGGGAACUGGAAUCAGCAUUGUAUCCUUGAGUGGCGAAGGUCGCGAUAGCGAUGAGUCUAGUUUUUCUCCCCUCAAGAAAUUAGAUCUCCCAUAUAAACUGUUUUCCCUGGUGGACAUAUGCGAUCCCCAAAAGGUGCUGACCAUCGAAGAGCGCAUGGUGAUCUACUACAAAUACGAUAAUAACCCCGUAAACUGUGUGAAGAUCUUUACCUCCGCCUUUCGAGCUAAACCAAUUGGUUUCAGAUUGCUACAAUCCAAUCUAUUUAAUCACUCUAAGCUUUAUGGCAGAACCGAUUUUCUAAAACUAUACGACGGCGAUAUCUACAAUGUGACUGCCACAUAUUUGGGCAAAAUCGAAUCUGAUUCGGACAAUCAAAGGUCGUUCUUCAAGACGAAGGGCCCAACGAUGAGUCUUCAAUUGGUGGCCAGUGGUGCUCCCGAAACGCAUGGUUUUAUAGCUGAGGUCGUUACAGUUCCCAUUUCCACUUUGGGUCAAUAUCGCGAUGCUUUGCAUAAUAUUACGGAUACUCAUAUCUCAGGUGCGAUAAAAGGGGCGGUGGCCUACUCUUCUGCGGGUGAGGUCACGCCCACUUUGACUUUAAUAGGAAAUCGGAUAGAAAAGAAUUGCCUUCAAUUGUAUGGCAACUUCUCAACCUGCUCUUCAGCUUUGAAUUUGGAUGUGCAGAACAUGAACUCUUUGUAUUUUAUGAACAACCUGAUCACAGAAAAUCAAGGAGGCUUGAGAAUCCGUGCUGAUUCCCGAGGUUCCGCCACCUCACUUCGAGGCUUCGUUCAUCACAACCUAUUUAUGAGGAAUCACAAUCGUCCUGCUCUCUACGUGGAAGGACGACAAUCAUCGCCGUAUCAGGAAGUAGAGCUCUAUCGCAAUUACUUUGCCCAAAAUAUGGCUGGCUACGAGGAUGUGAUCCGGUUGUGCCAAGUGGUGUCCAACUUCAGCUAUAACUAUGUGCACAGCAAUGUGGGAGGAAGAAUUAUGGAGGUUUCUGGCUUCGAAAAGGUGCGACUGCAGAUCUACCAAACCACGGCUCACAAUGGUUUUUAUAGGAAUUUUGCCACCAACUGGAUGACCCGGGCAACAAUUGUGGCCGGAACAGCGGGUCAGCAAUAUGUGGAUAAUAUUUUCGAGAAUUACGAAAACGAUUAUGAGCUGCUAACCGUCAAUAAUUCCAUUUUGAGUUUUGACUAUGAAAACAGGUCCUUUGAAACCUGGAGCUCAAAGAUCGAUGCUCGCCACAAUUAUUGGAGCUAUAACAACACAAUAUCAGUGCAGUCUCGUAUCAGAGAUAAGUCCGAUGAUCCCAUGUUAUUGGAGGUCUUGGCCGUGCCCUUCCAAAUGAACAAUGAAACUAUCCUGGAUGGUAAAUGCCCUCCAGGAUGGGCUCUUGUUCACGACACCUGUUUCAUCUACGUGGGAGCUCCCAUGACCUUCCAUGAGGCUCGUGAUUUCUGUCGUUCGGAAAACUCCACAAUGCCUUUCAUUCGCACGGACAAGACUACUUUGUGGAAGUAUCUUCAAAGUCAAAUGAGGCACAUGAAGUAUCCGGAUAAGGUUUGGAUUCAGGACUACAAUCACAUCGAACGCUGUACUAGUUUCGUAUUUGGGGAGAUCGAACUGGAGGAUUGCAGCAAGGAGCGCGGUUUCAUAUGCGAAAUGGAUCCUAGGGUCAUCAUUGAUCCCUUGUCUUGGCGUGCAGACAUCUUUGCCAUCAGUAUUAUCUCAGCCUUUGUCCUUGCCAUUAUCCUGCUGAUCCUGGUGGCCUUCUGCUGGUUCGCCAAGUCGAAACAUCGUCAUGUCCAACGACUCCAGCGAAGAAACAGCAUUCGUCAAAGCUUACGAAGCUUGAACAGCAUCGAUCCGCAGGGAUCCCUUCGCAGAAGACCCAAUUAUAACAUGUCCAGCAAUGGAACAUUGUCGAAGAGUCAGGACUACAAGCAGAUGGUGGCCAAUGGUUCCAUUGAUUCCAUGGACAAGAGUGUGCUGAGUUCGGAGGCUGGAAGCUUUGAGGGCUACGAGCCGAAGCCCCACUACAACGAGUAUGUGAAUCAGAAUGCCUUGAGACAAGUUCAGCCCGCACAAGAUCAUCAGAGUCACAAGGUGGCCACCAUUUCCAAGGCGAGUGGCCAUCGGGCGAGAGCUGCUGCCGCUGCAGCUGCCGCCUUGGAACCCGAUGCCUUUGAGCUGAGCUACCGGAACGAGGGAUUCCGGGACAACUCCACCUACGGCGGAGGGACCCGGGCCAAUUCCAUAAGCACCAGUGUGGCAGAGGACACGCCAAUCAUACAUCACACAGACCAGGAGGUCGACGAGGGUGGUUCCGACUACUAUGGCAAUGCCAGUACCCUACCACUUCGAACUGAGGGUGGGGGUGGUAGCACAACGGGCGGAAGGCGUGGUCAACCCGGUUUGGCCUUCCUCAGCGAACUCAAACAGAAUCUGCCCGAGUACCAGAGAAGUUCCCACAGCAGUUUUAUGCCGCAGCGAAGUAGCGGCGAAUCCCUGCCCUUCGAUCAAAAACUGGAUCAAUUCAACUACUCCACGGAGUCUUCACUGUACCGUCCAGCGCCUGCGGUACCCAGUCAGCAGGCAACGCCACCGGACAUGCGACGUCCGGACUCCUAUUAUACGGCCGUCAGGAGCAGCAAAGCUCCAGUCUCACAUUACCGGACACCGAGGCCACUGGCACAACCACCGGCCGCACCAAAAAUGACGCCCUUGGGUGGACCGACGCACGGGCGUCCCAAGACGGUUUACCAAACAGCUUCCGAGGAGUCCUCCCCAACGACCCCCUCACCGCUGACCAAUCCGUACCAUCGCUCCAAGUCGGAGGCCCUGCUGGAGACAGAUUUCGAUGGGGAUGAUGGAACGGGGGGACUGCAGCCCCUGCAAGCUAACGGACGGAGUCACAGUCAGCCCCUGGAAACGGCCAUGUGAAGAGUCGUCAUCCAUUUCAUGCUCUAAUUUAACACUCACUUGACACUUUCGGCUCUUUGCGGACCUGACCAAACUUUCCUUUCUAUAAAUUGUAGUUUUGUCAGCUUCCUUUAGGGUUUAAACCACCACAGCUUCGUAGUUUUUAGUUCGCCUUAAAUAUAUAUCUUUUUAAAAUCGAGAUUACGAUAGAGAGAGACCAAGAGAGACGAACACGCCCGCCCGUUGUUUUUUUUGUGGUAAACUUAGAUCAUUCCAUCCAUUAGCCUUAAGUCUAUGUUUAACUAUUAACGAAACGAAUUAGUUUUAAGUUGUUGUAUAUAAACAGAAAAAUAAAAGAAACAAAUUGAAUAGAUAA